CUUUCUUCUUCAAUUCCGUUCCUUGCCCGUCCUCGUCGACCCUUACUCCUCUUUAUCGUUAUACCACCUUCCCCGAAGUUAUCAAGGGAAAAAUAGCUAUUAGUGAAGGAAACAAUAUUAAAAACCAUUCAAACUCUCUGUUCCUGGAACGAGACGCAAGGACAUUACUCUAAACCUCACAAAACUAAGCAUUAGGCUUCAAACUUCAUGGACAAUUCCUCAGCUCACGACGACGCAGCGGCAGUAGCUAGCCCUCGUCCUCGUCACGAAUUCUGGUGUCACCAGUGUGCUGUAGAAAUCACCCCGCUCAUGGUACCACAUCCACUCUGCCCAGAAUGCCAUAGUGAAUUUGUUGAAAAGAUCGAAGAAGACAACGAUCCGCGCAACUUUGUUGAAAAUGCAGGCGAAGACAUCGAGAACGGUGACGAGCAAGGGCAUAUACAAUUAUUCAUCGAGGAUCUACAACGUAUGGUUCAGCUUGUAGGAUUGAUGCGACCAGUAGGGGAACAGGCUAGUCGACCACGGGCCCGACGCAGUGAAGACAUAGCAACAGGAGACCAUUCUGACUCCCUUACUCUACUUGAUCACCCACUACGGUCUAGGGAUCGCUUUGAUGGCCUCACCACUAUAAUAUCAGAUGAUGACGAGAAUGACAACGUUGGUGAUGAUGGCGACGAUGAUGAUGGCCAUGAUAGCCAUGAUAUAAUUGUGGACAUUUCACAAGCAAAUGGCGACCCCGAUGACCCAAAUAGAGCUGAUAGAUUUCAACAAUCUCGAGCGUUUUUAAUUAGCUUUUUGGAGCGAAUGCAACAAGAGAUGAGCCCUGCUACGGAGAGCGCCUCAGAUAGCCCUGGUCAUGAUACGGGCUUGAGUGGUCUAUUUAAUAUGAUUGGCAAUCCUGGGGAUUAUGUGUUCAGUCAGGCAGGAUUGGAUGAUGUCAUUACACAGUUGAUGGAGAUGCAAGGGCGCCAGAACGGACCUGUUGGAGCAUCCGAUGAGAUCAUUGAAAGCAUACCACCACAUAUCCUCACGGACGAAGAGUUAGCAGCAAAAACUGAGUGUAGCGUGUGCAAAGACGAGUUCACAAAAGAAGAUAACUUGUUGCAACUGAAAUGCAGGCAUAUCUUCCAUGAAGAUUGCAUCAAGCCUUGGCUUAAAUUGAAUGGUACUUGCCCAACUUGUCGGUUUGAAUUGGUACCCCAACAUGGUGGGCACGAUAACAAUCAACAGAGAAAUUCAACUUCAGGAGGGAAUGACGGCCAGUCUUCAGGGCAGGACAACAACGCACAGACCCUACCAACUCCGACCGGACCCACAUCUGAAGGAGGUGAGGUUGGAAAUAGGAUCCUCACAUCAAGAGUAAACUCUAUUCCUGGUGCAUUUCCGUCUUCUACGCGAUACAGUCCAUUUCGACAUGAAAGUAAUAGCAAUUCGACUUCAUCUCCUUCCGCAGAUGAUGUUGACUAAUAGAAUAUAGCACGUUUUCAUAAAG